CCCAGUGCGCAUGCUCCAUAGAAAACUCCAUUAUUUUUUUUUGCACGGAAUCUGCAAGAAAAAAUAAUAACUGUGAAAUAGAGAUUAAAAGGUGCAUCGGAUGAGCUCCAUUUUUGCUGAACAUACACCAGCUUGAUCGAACAGUGUCUGGAGAUAACGACUGAAUAAUUUGGCGACACGAUCAGACAUCCUUGGGUCUUGGGACACUCCAGAAUCAAUCGAACUGUGGCCUUAGUGUCAGCUGCAGAGUUUUGGAGGAGUUGACCUCUGAAGCAGGGUCAGAAGACUUAGUUAGUUCUUGGAGAGUUCUGCAAGGUGUUGGAGGGUGGUUGGCAGAGUCUGUGUGUGCUUCUCCCCUGACACAAUGGCCUUCAAACGGUGGAUACCAUAGCCAAUAAUAUAUUUGGCAUUUCAAAGAUGACAAGGUGUUCGGCGACGCAGAUAGCUAAUUAGCACAGUUGGUCGACUCUGUUUUCCGUAAACAGACGCUGUAACAUGGAAAUAUGGCCGUGUGGGAACCCCAACCCUAUAAAGGUGCUGCAAAGCAGUUUUUACAAAAUGAUGGGAGGCAGUGAGAGUGGCAGUGGAGACAAGGAUGGAGUUCACACUGUGGCAAUACAAGUCCCCAUUGGCUGGCAGAGGAGAGCGAAGGAGGGACUUGUGGUGUAUGUAAGUCCAAGUGGUGCAGUCCUGUCUUCACUGGAAGAGGUUAAGUCAUAUCUGUUGACCGAUGGCACAUGCAAGUGUGGCCUGGAGUGUCCGCUGGUCAUCCACAAGGUGUUUAACUUUAGCCUAGGGGUCAAAAUUCAACAGCACAGCCAGCCGGUGGGGAAGGCAGAGCAGGACAUGACAAAGCUCUGUAACCAUCGGAGGAAAGUGGUUGCCAUGGCAGCGCUCUGUCGCAGUAUGCAGGCUUCACAACUGCCCUAUGUUGCCCGUCACACAGAGGUCACCAGUGGCAUUAUGGAGAACAGAGAUCCUAAGAGGAUGAGAGUGGACAGGGAAGAAAAAGAACGUGGCACUUACACCUCCAAACACCAUCUAGUCCAGUCCAGGCCCAACAAUAACCUCCACCCCAACUCUUGUGGCAGUCCUAAAAAUUCUCCCCAACUUGUGUAUUCUUACAAUGGUUCCUCACCCCUCUCACACAAUAGCACUAACUCUUAUCACACGCCUGAUAUUUUGAGGAGACUGCCACCUCCUCUCAAUCUCCUCCCCAACACCUCUCCAUUCUCCAGCUAUGGGGCACCUCAGAGGUCCCCACGCACACCAACGCCUCAGAACCUGAGUCAGGGUCAGAGGGCACCACAGACUCCAGAAGCCCUCAGAUCUCCUCAUGUGGGGCCCCUCUCUCCCCCUCCUCCCUCCUCCCCUGGGACACUGGGGAGGGGAGGGCAGAGUCAUCAACAUGGUAUCAUCGUUGGGUCUCCCCUGUCCCCCUCAUGUUCCCCCUCUCCCUCUGUGAGUAUGAACUGCCCCUCUCCCCACCAGCGCUCACGCCACCCGUCCGCCUCUUCCGCUCACUCUGAGCAGGGGGUGGGAGGGGUGGUGCUUGGUGGCUACCCCCCCAGAAGGAUAUCCUCUUCAUCCUCACACUCUCCUAUACCAGGGGGGUCCCCUAUCCUCCAUUUCUCAAAAUACAAGCUUGAGGAUAUCUUAGAGCAGUUUAAGAACUCAGGCAACACUAGCACUAAUAAUCACAUCCUUCACCCAAACUCACUGAGCAACCAAAACAAUCCUCAUAUCCUCUCUCUAGCUCUUGAAAAGGUUGGGAGGCCCACAAAGGCACCUGCUUCUGCCUCAGGCAUGGAGAUCAGUGCUGGUUCUUCUGGUUUGCCUCUUGGACAGUUCUUGAACCACCAGAAGCAACCCCACCCAGCUUCUUUUCCUGCCAGUAGCCUCCUCUCGGCAGCAGCCAAGGCCCAGCUGGCCAGCCAGAUGACUCACAACCAGAGCUCCAAUUCGCGCAGCAUCCUCAGCUCAGCCCUCUCUUUGGAGGUCUCGAGGGAGUCUCAGCAAUUGAAGGUAACAAACAGCACUUUACACAACAGCCUUCCCUCAAUCGCUAGGCCCCUGCCUGCAGCCUCCCCCCUGCUUUCCUUCUCCCAGCCCCUAGCCUCCAGUCCCCUUCACCUCUCCCGUACGGACCGGACAUCCCACAGGAAGCGGCAGCGGCGUUCGCCCACAGUGCUCAGCAUGCUGAAGGAGUCCCAGAUGACUGGUCCCAGAACCCCCGGCGACGUGCUCAACCUCUCCUCGCACUCUCAACCCUCCUCUACCUCAGCCUCGCCCUACCCCGCCAUGUUAGAGAACCACCUCCAGGCCCUAAGGCUCUCAGUCCGGCACUCUGGCACACUGGCAGGGCCACAGAAGCAGACUGACGGUGCCCUGGAUUUCACAACAAUCAUGGCAGGUCAACCGGAUCCCCCCACCCAGCCUCUCUCCGCUCUGCUUCACCUGCUCAGUGUGCAGAACGCUCAAGCCACUGGAGCCCAGCCCGGCUCUGGACACUGUACAGGAGGCAUGAGGCAGAGCCCCAGGCAGUCUCCCUCACCCUCCCAUUUAAACAUCAGACCAUUCUCCAUGCAGUCCCCCACUCAUCACAGUACCACACAAGGCCCAUCACAGCCCCUCUCUCCCUCUCAGUCAAAGUCCAGGCGAUGUAAUGCACAGUCUCCGUCUCGACCACAUACGAGGACCAGUCCCAAACAGAGACGGUCUCCCUCCAUGGCCCUGUCCAACGCUCAGUCAGCACAAUAUCGCAGUAGCCCAUCGCCAACCCCACACACCCCUAAUAGGCUGUGGCAGGCCCAAAACCAACCUAUAGAUGCCACCACCAUCCAGUCACCCAUGGGCCAGGCCUUUCCUGAAGUCAGUGAAUCAAUGGAGAUGGAGAGCAUGUCAACACUAGGCCCUGGUCUCAACAGCACCUCCACCUCCAACCAUAGCAGCAGCGUCCCCAGCUACAGCAGCACCACCUCCCCCAGACCCCUGGAUCUCAGUAACCACAUGCUGGCACUGCUGGCAGCCUCUUCCACCACACCUCUUGGGGAGGGGGGCCUGGACAGAACCACCGGCAACAACAUUACAGGGGUGCAAGAGCCUCAGAGUGUUGAUCAUCAGGGCUCCACAGUGACCAAACCCCCAGGAGGCUGCAGCCCCCAGGCCCUGGGGGACUCCACUUGCUCCUUACCCCUGGCUGAAGCCUUCCCCUUCAUGAGCCAGGAGCAGCUUCUCCAGCUUCUGUCUGCCACGGCCGGCCUGCCCUCCCUCCUGGACCCCACCAUCCUGGGCUCUCUGCCCCUGGGCCUGUGGCUGGGUGGGCAGCAGGGUCACCUCCCCAUCUCCAACACACCUCAGCAACACCAUCAACUGCCCGAUCAACAACUACUACAACAAUCAGAACAACAACUACUUUUACAGCAUGAACAUCACCAAGAGCAACAGCAGAAACAACACCAGACUGCCCAUCUGAACCACAACUUUCCAUUUAGCUUAUUCCCCUGUCUAAUGGGAGGUCAGGGAGAGCUGCCUCUGAAUCUCCUGGGCCUGUUGAACCCACUGCUACCCCCUUCUGCUGCCCCUACCCCAGGCCAGGAGUGUGAUCUGGGGAUGGGGGAGAAACUGGGCCUCCAGGCUCUCCUCAUGGCCUCCCUGCUACUAGGCCAGCAGCAGACUGCCAUGUUGCCCCUGUCUGGGCUUGGCCAGCUGAGCCUGGACCUCCCCUUCCGGCAGCACAUCCCAGCCCUGUUGGACGGUUUGUCUCUGGAUAAAGGGUCUGGACUCCUGGACUCGUCAUCCCUCCCCGGCCCUGGGCUCCUUGAGGCCCUCCAGGGCCUGCUUCCCCCAGCCGAUGGGCCCCUCCAGGCCCUGCAGUCGCUCCUGCUCUCCACCCCCCCUGCCUCCCCCGGCCUUCCUCUCCCUCAGCCCUGAUCUGCUAACUGCUGCCCUGGGCUCUACUGGCUUCCCGCCUGCCCCUCAUCUCCCCCCUAACACAGCAACCCCAACAACCCCCACCUCAGGUCUCAGCUUCAGGCCAUGAUGGGGGGAUGGACACCCUAAUCCCCCUGUCUGUCCAGGGAAAGGACAACCCUGUCCUCCACCAGUUACUGCCUACUCUCCUCAACCCUGGGGUUCUAGGAGACCUGUCUGCUCUGACCAGCCUCCACAGUCUUCUGGGGCUAGGUGCAGGCCCUCUCUUCCUGCCCCCCGUACAGGCCUCUGCCUUGGGCAUGCCUCUGCUCCAGGGCCCUGAUGGGGCCAUCAACCUCCUCAACAACAUCCAG